AUGUAUUAUGCAACAUCUGUUCCCAUUAACCUCGAUGCAGACCUGAAUCUUCCAUCAAGAGAUACAAGACCCAAUUUAGAGAUGCUUCGCCAUUCGACAAGCUCCAGUGAAAGUGCGAAUAUAAGAGGGGACUCUCUUUCCCUCUCAGAUCACAGCAACUCAAUGGAUCCUGUUCUCAAAUACGUAAAUCAGAUUCUCAUGGAAGAGAAAAUGGAGCAACAACCAUGGGUGGUUCCCAAUAUCGUGGCUCUACGGCACACAGAAAAGUCCUUGUAUGAUGCACUUGGUAAGAAAUACCCAGAUUCCCCCGAGCAAACCAAAGUGGUUGAUACCAAUCAGGUCAGUAACAGCUCAUGCUGGAAUCCUUGGGGAAGAAGUGAUCGAGGCAGUAACAGCACUGCCAUCACCAGCUCCAACUCUUGCCGUCCUCUGGAUCCUAAUUCACAUGACGACCCGGAAGGAAACAAUUAUGCUUCCAUUCAUGCCAAAAGUCCUGGUAACGUGGUCUUGCAGUCGAACGUGGAUUACAAAUUUCAGUCCUUCGUCAAUUCUGUAGACAGCUUGCCUAAGUAUGGGGAUAACUUUUGUUACUCGGUUCCAAGUGAGGUCUUAAUUAGUCCAAUCUUCAACAACAAUGAGUCUGUUGUGCAAUUUAACAAAGGGUUAGAGGAGGCCAGGAAGUUCAUCCCCAGAGGCUUUCAUAUUACUAUCGGUCAGGAGAAAGAUGGAUUGGCUCCAACCAUCAGAGACAAGGAAGAAAUUGGCAUCAAAGGGAGCCACCAGUCAGAGAAUGGGUCCAGGGGGAGAAAGAAUCAUGAAAGCCAUUAUGCAAGGUCCGAAGAAGGGCCGGCCAACAAGCAGUUGGCUUCGUACAACGAAGACCCUGAGCUUUCAGAUUUGCUUGAAAAGUUGUUGCUCAGCAACAAAAAUGGGGGGCUUCUAUCAUUAGAGUGCAAAUCGGAGAAGUUAAGUGAAAUCAAGGAUCCUCAAGAUCCUAAUGGUACUGGGGAUCAAAGUAAUAAGAACGGAAACGAGAGCACAUUGGAUUUGAGGAGUCUUCUGAUUCUCUGUGCACAACCUGUCUCUACUAAUGACUUCAAGACCGCUUGUGGACUGCUUAGGCAUAUAAGACAAGAUUCAUCCCCCUCCGGUAAUGGUUCCCAGAGGGUAGCCCAUUACUUUGCCGAUGCUCUGGAAGCACGCCUUGCAGGCAGUGCCGGUAGAAGUCAAGCCUUUUACUAUUCAGUUAUCCAGAAGAGAUCAGUAGCUGAUAAGUUGAAAGCAUACCACCUUGAAUAUUCGGCCUGUCCAUUCCCGAAAUUCCAGAUCCUCUUUUCAAACUACAUGAUUUUGAAAUCAGCAGAAACAGCAAAAGUCCUCCAUAUCAUAGACUUUGGUAUUAAUUAUGGUUUCCAAUGGCCAAUCCUUAUCCAAGAGCUCUCAAAGAGAACCGGAGGGGUUCCAAAGCUGCGCAUCACAGGAAUAGAACUUCCACAACCUGGAUUUCGUCCCAGUGAAAAAAUUGAGCAAACAGGUCACCGUUUGGCCAAGUAUUGCAAGCGCUUUAAUGUACCUUUCGAAUUCCAAGCGGUAGCAUCAGUGAGCUGGGAAUGUAUCGAAGUUGCAGAUCUAAAGAUUCAAAGUGACGAGGUGGUUGCCGUGAAUUGUCUUGCUCGAUUUGAGAAUCUCUACGACGAGACAGUUGAGAUAAACUGUCAGCGGGAUAUGGUAUUAAACCUGAUUGGGAGUAUAAAACCUCAAAUCUUUAUCCAUGGUAUAAGAAAUGGAUCCUACAACAUGCCAUUUUUCAUAACAAGAUUCCGUGAGGCUCUUUUUCAACUCUCUGCGAUUUAUGAUGUGUUUGACACUACCGUAGUUCAUGACAAUGUACAGAGGUUUGUUCUGGAGAAAGAUGUCUUCGGACGAGAGGUAAUGAAUAUUGUGGCAUGUGAAGGUAUGGAGAGGGUUGAGAGGCCCGAAACAUAUAAGCAGUGGCAACUUCGCCUUACCAGGGUUGGUUUCCAGCAGCUUCCUCUGGAUCAGGAGUUGAUAAAGAAGGCUAGGGCUAAGUUAAGUGGAAAUUACCACAAGGAUUUCAAGCUUGAAGAAGAAAACAACUGGAUGCUACUUGGUUGGAGGGGCCGAAUAAUUUCCGGUUGCACCUGUUGGUUAUCGGCAUAGGUUAUUCCGAAAGCAUGUUCUCUAUCAUAAUAAGCCAUAACAAGAAAGAUUCUUCCUGAAUUGCCAGGUAAGCAUCAUGCACGAGAGACACUGAGAUCAUAAGAAGAAGCCAACACAGUAGAGUCAAAUCUUUUGAAGGUCAAGUGUAAUUGCCAUAAAUCAUCUCAACAGAGGAUGUUCCAGGACAAGGAUCUCAGCCCAGUGCUGUUUGGGGGCAGAACUACGAUAGAUAAAACUUAUUUAGCAGGAGGAUUUCAGUCAAAGAGUUGGGGUUAUUUCGUGGAAGACGUCUUUAUCAGUCUCUGUUAUACAUGUAGUGCAGUGCCAACUCCAUAAGUUCAUAUCUUGCAGAGGCAUAUAACCUCUGCUUCUUGCUUGUGGUUUGGGUGAAAGAAGUUCGAUGCAAUUUUUGCUUACUUCUCUGAAUAAAUGGAAUCGUUUCUUGGCUCUUCCAUAGCACAGCAUUGGCAUUAGAUUAAACAAUUUCCAUUAUUUUUGCUAGUUUUUUUUUUGUCAGUCAUGUAUCUUCGCUAUGAGUUCAGCUGUUUCAUUUUUUUAGGCUGACUUGAUUGCCUUUAUCUUGAAGUAAAAUGUAAGUCUUUGAUUUACUUUCACAA